UGAGGAAGCUUCUCCUCCACUUCUGCAUCUGAGAGGAGGAGAGACGGGCGCCGACUUCCUGUCAGAUCUGCGCUCAGCUGCCAGGCUGCCUCUCCGGGGAGGCUUGUGGCUCUGCAGACCGGGGAGGAGGCAGGCUUCUGUGGGUGGUGUAUGGCCGGGAGAGAAGCCGGGGACCUCCGCGCAGCAGAACCAGCGGCCAGCGGCAGCAACGGAAACGGCCGUAAAUGUGGAUUGUUUACACCGGCGGGUCAAGCUCCUGUUCCUGCUCCUGCUCCCCCGCCUCCCUGCCACUCCGAGCGGCCGCGUCGGCUCGGCGGCGGCGGCGUAGCGGCCGCACAUAGCGUCAGCGGAGCGGGGCUGAUGGCCCUGGUGCUCGGCCCGGCCUUCGUCAGCACCCUCAUCGUCCGCCCGCGCGUCUGCUAGGGAGCCGCCAGAAAAAGCCGCGUACGCCGGCGAGGCGAGGCGAGGCGAGGGCAGCGGCAGCGCGGAGCGCGGAGCGCGGCCGAGGAGGAGCCCGGGUCGGGGCGCAGCAUCGCGCCGUGCAUGGUGCCGCGGCGUCGGAGGGAGCGGGUGAGCAGCCGGAGCUGACCCAGAGAUGGCUGUCCUCAAACUGGCCGACCAGCCCCCUCUCAUCCAGGCGAUCUUCAGCGGGGACCCUGAGGAGAUCCGAAUGCUCAUAUACAAGUCUGAAGACAUCAAUGCUCUGGAUGCAGAGAAGCGCACGCCGCUGCACGCUGCGGCCUUCCUGGGCGAUGCCGAGAUCACCGAGCUCCUCAUCCUCUCCGGGGCACGGGUCAACGCCAAAGAUAAUAUGUGGCUCACGCCUCUCCAUCGCGCCGUGGCAUCUCGGAGUGAAGAGGCGGUGCGAGUCUUGAUCCGUCACUCGGCCGACGUGAACGCCCGGGACAAGAACUGGCAGACGCCGCUGCACGUCGCCGCAGCCAAUAAUGCGCUGCGGUGCGCCGAGGUCAUCAUCCCGCUGCUGAGCAGUGUCAAUGUGUCAGACCGUGGCGGACGCACCGCCCUGCACCACGCUGCCCUCAACGGCCACACCGAGAUGGUAAACCUGCUCCUUGCCAAAGGAGCCAACAUCAAUGCCUUUGAUAAGAAAGACGGCCGGGCGCUGCACUGGGCAGCUUUCAUGGGCCAUUUGGAUGUGGUGUGUCUGCUGGUGAGUCAGGGGGCGGAGAUCAGCUGCAAAGACAAGCGGGGAUACACUCCCCUCCACACGGCGGCCUCCAGCGGACAGAUAGCUGUGGUCAAACACCUACUCAACCUGGCUGUGGAGAUAGAUGAGUCCAAUGCGUUUGGGAACACGGCGCUCCACGUGGCCUGUUUCAACGGUCAGGACGCUGUCGUCAGCGAGCUGAUCGAUUACGGCGCCAACGUCAGCCAGCCCAACAACAAGGGCUUCACCCCGCUGCACUUUGCUGCCGCCUCCACACACGGGGCGCUCUGCCUGGAGUUCCUGGUCAACAACGGGGCCGACGUCAACGUACAGAGUCGGGACGGGAAGAGUCCUCUUCACAUGACGGCAGUUCACGGACGCUUCACUCGCUCCCAAACCCUCAUCCAGAACGGUGGGGAGAUCGACAGUGUGGACAAGGAUGGUAACACGCCUCUUCAUAUUGCUGCCCGCUAUGGUCACGAACUCCUCAUCAACACGCUCAUCACCAGCGGGGCAGACUGCACGAGGCGAGGAGUCCAUGGCAUGUUCCCUCUCCACCUGGCGGCUUUGAAUGCUCACUCCGACUGCUGCCGGAAGCUGCUGUCCUCAGGUCGGAGGUUUAGCAUAGUGUGUAACGACUCGGUCCUGUCUGCAGGCUUCCAGAUAGACACCCCCGACAGUCAUGGGAGGACCUGCCUGCACGCCGCUGCUGCCGGAGGUAACGUGGAGUGCGUCAAGUUGCUCCUGAGCAGUGGAGGAGACCACAACAGGAGAGACAGCUGCGGCAGGACUCCCCUCCACUAUGCGGCGGCCAGCCGUCACUAUCAGUGUCUGGAGACUCUGGUGGCUUGUGGCACCGCCAUCAACGCCACUGACCAGUGGGGGCGCUCUGCCCUGCACUACGCUGCUGCCUCGGACCUGGAUAGGAGGCGUCGCGUUGCGCUGGAGCCGGAGAGUGAAGGAGUUCAGGCGGAGAGGGAGAAAGAGGCGGCGCUGUGUUUAGAGUUUCUGCUUCAGAGCGGAGCGACGGGCUCGCUGAAAGACAAACAGGGCUACAGUCCCGUCCACUACGCCGCCGCCUACGGACACAGGCACUGUCUGGAACUGCUGUUGGACAGAGAUGACAGUCACCAUGACGACCCCGAAUCUCCGAACGCCAGGAGCCCGCUGCACCUCGCUGCGUACCACGGCCACGCUCAGGCCCUGGAGGUGCUGCUGCAGGGGGAGAGGGAGGUGGACCAGGGGGACGAGGUGGGGAGGACGCCCCUGGCCCUGGCCGCCCUCCGGGGCCACAUUGACUGUGUUCACACCCUCCUCAGCCAGGGGGCGUCGCCGCGCACCACCGACAAGCAGCACGGACGCACCGUCGUACACCUGGCCGUGAUGAACGGCCAUACGACGUGUGUGCGCCUCCUGCUGGAUGAAUCGGACGGUGCAGACCUUGUAGAUGCUGCGGACUCUCAGGGACAAACUCCUCUGAUGCUGGCGGUGGCAGGAGGUCACGUCGAUGCCGUGUCGCUGCUGCUGGAGCGGGAAGCCAACGUCAACGUGGCCGAUAACCACGGCCUCACUGCACUGCACCUCGGGCUGCUGUGUGGUCAGGAGGAGUGUAUCCAGUGUCUGUUGGAGCAGGAAGCCUCGGUUUUGCUCGGGGACUCUCGGGGUCGUACAGCCAUCCACCUGGCCGCGGCCCGAGGUCACGCCUCCUGGCUGAGCGAGCUGCUGAGCAUCGCCUGCUCUGAGCCGCCCUCCCUGCCGCCGCUGAGAGACCACAGCGGGUACACGCCGUUGCACUGGGCCUGUUACUACGGUCAAGAGGGGUGUGUUGAGGUCCUGCUGGAGCAGAAAGGUUGUCGCUGUAUUGAUGGGAACCCCUUCACUCCACUGCACUGUGCUGUGGUGAAUGAUCACGAGCCGUGCGCAUCCCUGCUGCUGGAGGCGAUGGGAUCAGACAUCGCAGGCUGCAAGGACGCCAAGGGCAGGACUCCUCUUCAUGCCGCGGCGUUCGUGGGCCACCUCGACUGCAUCCAGCUGCUCCUUUUGCACGACGCACCUGUGGAUGCCGUGGACCAAUCGGGUCGCACGGCACUGAUGAUGGCGGCCGAGAAGGGCAGAGUCGGGGCUCUCGAGGUGCUGUUGACCAGCGCCAGCGCCAACCUCGGUUUGACGGACAAAGACGGCAACACCGCCCUGCAUCUGUCUUGCAGUAAUGGAAAAGAAGACUGUGUGCUGUUGAUCCUGGAGAAACUGCCCGACACUGCGCUCAUAAAUGCCACAAAUGCAGCGCUGCAAACUCCUCUCCACCUGGCGGCUCGUAGCGGUCUGAAGCAGGCGGUCCAGGAGCUGCUGUCCCGAGGGGCCAGCGUUCAGACGGUGGAUGAGAACGGUCUGACCCCUGCUCUGGCUUGUGCUCCUAGCAGAGAGGUGGCUGACUGUCUGGCUCUCAUUCUGGCUACCAUGAUGCCUUUCUGCUCCCCUUGCAGCUCCGGGGCUCCCUCCCCAGGCUCCCUGUUGAGGCAGCUGCCCCACCAGGGGGGUAGAGGCCCGGGCACCGGCCCUCGGGGGCCACGCAGCCCCAGGAACCCCUCCGGACCCUCCAGCGAGGGGACCACCGAGAACGACUCGGAGGACUCGGAAACCUUCUGACCCCUCCGAACAGACUCUCUACCCUCCUACCUCGAACUGUGCACCUGAACUUUCGACCCCCCCCCCCCUCCCGGGAACGAUGCAGCGUUUUUACUCUGUGAAGUGCACUCUUCAGGUAGAAGUGUAGAGACCCGGUUGUGGCACAGUGUGGAUGUUUGCAGUUACGGAGCGAAGUGUUCAGUAUUAAAUCAAUCAAUAAAUAAUCAUGGAUAAAUUGAAGAAGAGGAAAAUAUUGAAGAAAAAUAUAUAAAUGAAAGAAUAAUUUGUAAAGAAAAAUUUAAGAAAGUAUUUAAAGUCAUUAUUACAAAAUGUUAUUUCAUCACUCUCGUUUUCAUAGCAACAGGGUUUUCCGGAUUGGAACUGGAACUUCCAGGUGCUGCAGACGAAACAAAGCCUCAUUCAAAACCCCAUUGACAUUUGUAACGACUUUAACGACUAAAAAUCCAGCCUUGGAGCAGAUUCUUCCUCAAACAGGUUGUCGUGUGGCUCACGUCCUACGUUUAGUUGAGGACAGUAUCUUUUUGUAAAACAGUCUAAUAUUGGCGUUAAUUCAAUACUUAUGUUUUUUUUUUUUUAGCAGCAGCCUUUAACAAACACCAUUUCCCAUGAGCCCUAGAUGUUUGCGGGCUGAUGCCGCGCUCACGUCCCGUCAGAGUUACCGUAGCCACCGGUUAACAACGUUCACGUCAGUUACUAAACGUGGCGCUGCCGUGAACAAGCGCGGCAUUUCAACCCAAACUCAGCGUUAUUACACUCUGUUCAAAUUAAACUCCUGCGUCGUGCAACAUUUAUCAUUCCUGAUACUCGUUGUUGCAAAUGUAAUGAGGAGUUGAGUUUCAAUAAUAUCUUUUUCUUCUAAGUAUUUUCCGUGGCGGAGGAAAUAUUCAGAACCUUGAACGUAACAAUACUUUAUGAGAAGUAAAAAUCCUGCAUUGAAUAUAAUACGUAUAUGUAUUAUAGGUAAAUAUACUCAAUGCAGAAAAAGGCCCCGUGACGAUUAUAUUAUUAUAUCAUUAGAUUAUUAUUCCUGAUGCAUCGAUGUGAAAGAAUUUUACUGUUGUAGUUGGUUGAGGCGGAGCUAAUUUUUCCCCCUCAUGGAUCAGUCUUCUGAUGAUUUUUCUCAAUCAACUGAUUGUUUGGUUUGUAAAAAUUAAGCAGAUACUGAGGAAGCACGACGACCGCCGUAGAGCCCGCUGCUUGUUUUGUCCGAGCAGCAGUUCAGAGCUCAAAUGAAGAUAAAAUAAUUGAAAGUGAUUGAAAGAAAGAGCAGGAACCUUGAAAUGUUCCACCUUUUUACAUGAAAAACGACUCCAAAGACUGUCAGGAUAGUUGUCUUUAAUUGUAGCUGAUAAACGUAGUUUCCCUCUGAGUACGAGUACCUCACAUUUUUACUUGAAUAAAUCUUCAUAUGAUUAUUUCUCUUUUUGUGUAUUUAAUAUUGAACAUCUGGGGCUCCACACACUGCGGCGUCUGUGUCUCCUGCUCUUCGUGUGGGGAACGGGUACAGAAUCGCCCUCCUCUGACGCCAGGCUGGAGGCCCUACAGCGGUUUUGUUCUUUUGUUUCUCUUAGUGCGCUUUUCCAAAUAAGUGAAUAAUUAAUUAAAUGAAUGAAUGAAUGAAUGAAUGAAUGAAUGAAUAAAAACAACGAUCGGAGCAGCUGCACUGCCCCGGUCUGAGUCCUACAGCCGAACAAGUUGCUCCGCGAAAAACUGUGGCUGAAGAGGGAUUCGAUCCGGACCAGUUCUGGGUUCGGGGUCUGCAUGCUUGCGUAAACUCACACCACGGUUCGUUCUUCCUACUCACGGGUGCUUAAAUCCAAACCGACCUCGGUACUUAGUCUCUGCAUGGCGCAGCGACUCGCCUCUGAGACUCCAUUUUGUCAUAAAAAAGAAAAAAAAAGAAAAAAAAGAAAGAAAAAAGGAAAAAAAAAAGUAGCCAUUUUUUAACUGUUUGUACAAAAUGAAGUAGACCAUUAAGAAAGCUGAGUGUAAUUUUAACCUUUUUCUGAUUUUCGGCUUCUUGUUGUACCAAAUAUUUGACGUCUACGCGUAAAUAAUUACACACGAGCAGGUACGCACACGGUAGAGCUUGUUUUUAACUGUUAACCGAAGCACAAAAUUAGGGUUUUGCUGCUGGAGCGUGAAGCAUUACAGCCUUCGUAAGAUGUUUAGUGGUUCGAAUACUCCCCAGGAAAGAGGAUCUGGCGUUGGGUACAUCUCAGCUCCCUCAGCCACAUUUACGUUUCCCCUCGUUUGCGUCUCUUUCCACGCGUCCGUCGGUCGGUUCGCCGCUUUGGUCCAGAAUGAAAUCGUCUAAACAACUAUUAUGUGGAGGGUCGUGAAUUCUCCGCGCAGACAUUCGUGGUCCCCGCAGGAUGAAACCGUCUGACUUCGGGGAUCCGCCGACUUUUCCCCUAAGCGCCACCGACAGGUCGACGUUCCCGGCUUUCGCGGAAACAUCUCUACAACUACUGGACGGAUCGGUACGGACGUCAGCGCCCCCCUCAGGAUGAACUGUAAUAAGUUUCCAGGAAGCGCCGUCAUCACGUCGAACUAUUUGAAAUUAAAUUGGCAAACCAUGUUGACAUUUGAUUAAUCGUUUCAGUAAUUUUCUUUUUUCAAGCGAAACUGCCAAAUGAUUCAGGAUUUAACGUUUUGUUUGUCACGUCUGUUGGUCGAAUAAAACUAGGAAUCUGAGAAAACACGACUUAGGUCAGUCAGUCAGAAACGAAGGAGGCGGCGCAAUUUGUAACCAGAAGCGAAUGUUUCUCUCUCUCCCGUUUUACGAAGACAAACGAAAGGGAAACCGGAUUUUGGUCCGACGGCGCCAUUAAAGCGAAUCCUGGUCUCGCGUAUCCUCGCGCCUCCAGGCAGAAAUACGCCGAUUUUUACCCUGGUUUACGAUGACGAACCGGAUCGGUUCCUGGGUCAGGACCGGGUAACGAUCGAACGAGGGAACUGGGAUGUGCCCACUGAUGGACACAGGGUUUGUGAGGAUGCGACUGAAAGACGAGAUGAUGACGUGGAUUUCACGCGUGUUAUCCUGUGGCCUGGAACGGCCUCCUGCACUGUUUCGACUCCAUGUUUAUUGCUACCUGUGGUGCGUGGUUGCACACUUUGUAGACCAGGGGGGCCAACGGUGACCCGCUGACGUCGUUUCCCCACCCGGGCAGCUCUAAAAUGUCUAAUCACGCGCGCCCAGAUUCUCCAUGGAGACCAAAUCCCUGCGACGACGAAAAGCUCAGUUCAUUGUGGCGUUUAUUAUCUAUAACACAUGAUGGUACAGAAACUGCCAGCACUUAAAUGUAAAAUAGCACAGGGCCUUGACCACUUUCAUCCCCCGUCUGUCCAGCCACCAGCGAUGUGCCAUAUCGUCUCAAACGUGUCCAGUGCCUUGAUGUCGAUUACUUUUUAAAUUUGUUUUCUAUUACGACAUGUCCCAUGUUAGAAGAUCCUAAUAUUCUUAUAAUUUUAAAGGGUCGGUUCACCAAAAUUACAAAAUAAGUUAUUAUUAUUAUUAUUGUUAUUAUUUUUAUUUUAUUAUUAUUAUUUUUUAAAUGAACUGUCAUGGUACUGAGUCGUGCAGGUUUGUUCAGGUUCGGCGAUUUUUUUAUUUUUAUUUUUUUAAUGCAUUUCUGCCUUUAAUUGACAGGAUAUAGUCAAGAGGCAGAAAUCAAAAUCAGUGAUCAAAAGCUCCAGAAGAGCUACUAAAUGGACCUGGAGGUGAGAUUGUUUCGUCAGUGCCGCAGUUUUUCGCGAUAAUCCACAGAGCUCACUGUGAACACUUUUUUUUUUUUUUUAAUUUUCU